AUGUUCUCUUGGAUUUUUAUCUUCUGUGUCUUGCAAAUAAACCAAUUUGUCUCUGCUGGUAUCUAUAAUAUCAGUAGAUGUUAUUACAAAAUCUCUGAAGAAUUUCACCAUGAAGGAGAUGUUGUGAUUGGUGCAUUUUUCCCACUUCACACAUUCUACACUGGGAAGAAAAAUCCACAUUCAACUAUCCCAUAUUACUAUUUGGACAAUCACAUACAGUAUAACUUUAAGAACUACCAGUAUAUUCUUGCUCUGCAAUUUGCCAUUGAGGAGAUCAAUGGGAACCCCAAUCUUUUACCCAACAUAUCUCUUGGAUUCGAUUUCUACAAUGUCAUAUUCACUGGGAAGUACAUUCUUGGUAAGACUUUUAAUUGGCUCACAGGUCUUGGUUUGACAAAGUAUUUACCUAAUUAUAAUUGUAAAAAGAGAAAUUUCACUGCUGCACUGACAGGAACGUCAUGGAUAACAUCUGCCCUAAUUGGGACAUUGCUUCAACUCUUUAAAUUUCCACAGAUUACUUUUGGACCUUAUGAUCUUCUCCUGAGUGACCGUGGUCAGUAUCCUUCUCUCUACCAGAUGGCCCCCAAAGAGACAUCUCUUUCACCUGCCAUUGUUUCAUUGAUGGUACAUUUUAGGUGGUCAUGGGUUGGCCUCAUCCUCCCCGAUGACCACAAAGGAAAUAAAAUUCUAUCAGAUUUUAGGGAGGAGAUGGAGAGAAAUGGCAUCUGCCUAGCUUUUGUAAAAAUGACCCCAACCACAUGGAAUAUAUAUGAUGCCAAAUUCUGGGAAAAUAUGGAUGAAACUAAUGUAACAAUUAUUUAUGGUGACAUUGAUUCCCUAGAAGGUGUAAUGAGGAAUAUUGAGCAAAGGUUAUUGACAUGGAAUGUCUGGAUCAUGAACAUUGAACAUCAUGUUAUUGACAGAGCUGAUUAUUUCUUGUUGGACUCAUUCCAUGGGAGCCUCAUUUUUAAGCACAAUUACAGAGAGAAUAUUGAGUUUACCAAAUUUAUUCAAACAGUUAAUCCUAAUAAAUACCCAGAAGAUGUUUAUCUUCCUAAGCUGUGGUAUUUGUUCUUCAAGUGUUCAUUUGCUGACAUUAAUUGCCAUGUGUUGGACAAUUGUCAAACCAAUGCUUCUUUGGAUAUAUUCCCUCGUCACAUAUUUGAUGUGGCCAUGAAUGCAGAGAGCACAAGUAUUUACAAUGGUGUGUAUGCUGUGGCUCACAGCCUCCAUGAGGUGAGAAUUCAGCAACUUCAAAUGCAACCAUAUGAAAAUCACAAAGGGACAGUAUUCUUUCCAUGGCAGCUUAACCCUUUCCUGAAGGAUAUUGAAGUGAAAGACAAAAGGAGUUUAGAUUGGAGACAGACAAUAGAUACAGAGUAUGACAUUCUUAACAUUUGGAAUUUACCAAAGGGCCUUGGAUUAAAAGUGAAAAUAGGAUCCUUUUCUGCAAAUGCUCCCCAGAGUCAACAGUUGUCUUUAUCUGAACAGAUGAUACAAUGGCCAGAAAUAUUUUCAGAGAUCCCUCAUUCUGUUUGCAGUGAGAGUUGUGGGCCUGGAUUCAGAAAAGUAACCCUGGAGGGGAAGGCCAUCUGCUGCUACAAGUGCGCUCCCUGUGCAGACAAUGAGAUUUCUAAUGAGACAGAUGUACACCAGUGUGUGAAGUGUCCAGAGAGUCAUUAUGCAAAUACAGAGAAGAGCAAUUGCUUCCAAAAAUCUGUGAGCUUUCUGGGCUAUGAAGACCCCUUGGGGAUGGCAUUAGCAAGCAUAGCUUUGUGCUUAUGUGCAAUCACUGCCUUUGUUAUUGGCAUCUUUGUGAAGCACAGAGACACUCCUAUUGUCAAAGCAAAUAAUCGAGCUCUGAGUUAUAUUUUGCUCAUCACACUCACCUUCUGUUUCUUAUGUUCUUUGAACUUCAUUGGUAAGCCAAACACANCUACCUGCAUCCUUCAGCAGACCACCUUUGCAGUUGCUUUCACUAUGGCUCUUGCCACUGUGUUGGCCAAAGCUCUUACUGUGGUCCUUGCCUUUAANGUCAGUUUUCCAGGGAGAAUGGUAAGGUGGCUAAUGGUAUCAAGGGGUCCAAACUACAUCAUUCCUAUCUGCACCCUGAUCCAACUUCUUAUUUGUGGAAUAUGGAUGGCAACAUCUCCACCAUUCAUUGACCAAGAUGCUCAUANNGAAUAUGGACANGUCAUCAUUUUGUGCAACAAGGGCUCAGCUGUUGCCUUCCAUUCAGUCCUGGGAUACCUCUGCUUCUUGGCCCUUGGGAGUUAUGCCAUGGCCUUCUUGUCUAGAAGUUUGCCAGAUACAUUCAAUGAAUCCAAAUUUCUGUCCUUCAGUAUGCUGGUAUUCUUUUGUGUCUGGGUCACCUUUCUUCCUGUCUACCACAGCACUAAAGGGAAGGUCAUGGUAGCCAUGGAANUAUUCUCUAUCUUGGCUUCCAGCACAGCACUCCUUGUCUUCAUAUUUGGUCCUAAGUGUUACAUUAUCUUGUUGAGACCAGACAAGAAUUCAUUUAAUCAUAUCAGGAAGAGAACACCCUCAAGAAGGAAGAAUUUUCCUAAAGUAUAG